AUGGCGGUUGUCAAACCAGAGAUGAAGUCUUAUGUCUGGCUUCAAACGGCUGGUGGUUCCAUCCAACAAGUGGAGGAAGAAGUUGCCAUGUUUUGUCCUAUGAUAUGCCGAGAAGUUCUUCAAGGCAAGGGAUCGUCCAAAAAUUAUGCUAUAUCUCUUCCUCAUCAAGUUAGCGCUGCUUCAUUAGGAUUAAUACUCGACUACUGUCGGUUUCAUCAAGUUCCAGGCCGUUCUAAUAAGGAGCGUAAAACUUAUGAUGAGAAACUUGCCAAGUCGAGUAUAAAAACAUUAUGUGAAUUGACUUCUGCUGCUGAUAGUCUUCAACUGAGGCCUCUGGUAGAUCUUACUAGUCGUGCAUUAGCUCGGAUUAUUGAAGGGAAAAGUCCAGAAGAAAUUCGAGAGACCUUCAAUUUACCUGAUGAUCUAACAGAGGAGGAGAAGUUGGAACCUUUGCGAAAUUGGGGUGAUGAUCCACAUAUUAGGCUUUUGAAUCGGUUGUAUGCAAGAAAGAGGAAAGAAUUAGAGGAGAGAAAACGACUAAAGAAUGUGGAGGUUGAAGAAGAGCACCGUACCGAUGAACGAUCGGUUGAUGACCUCUUGUCAUUUAUAAAUGGUGGAGAUAGAGAAUCUAAGGGAGUAAAAGUGCCAAAGAACAAAAAGAAAAACCGUAGGAGAAAAGAUAGACCCAAAAACUCUUCAUCAGAUAAUGUGAAUGGCAAUAGCGAUAAGGAGGCGAACCAUCAUCCUUCUGGCUGCCUGCCUGGUGAUACUGACAAGUCCUUUCCCAGCAAAAAUUUAUUGUUUCAAGAUAAGAUCGAAUUUGAUGAUGGUGAUAUGGAUGAUGAAUUAGAUCCUGCGAUGAAGGAAGAAUUGGACAGGGAGGUUGCUGAUUUUGCUCGCAGAUUGAACUCUGUCUGGCCAGAAAGGAUGCAGGAGUUUUUGUCCAUGGGUCAAGAAAGGAGACCUGUGCCAGUAUCACUGAAAGGAGAUGGUUCAGUAAAGAAUUCUUCUGGUACCAACCUCAUACAUUUCACACCUCAACCAAUCUAUGAUUGUAAAGAUCCUCCUGGAAUUGUAGAAAACUGGUACGAACACAAAGACAGGCAAGGAAAACCCAUUGUGAAAGGCUACUCCUUCGGCGAAAAUCUGGGCUGCUUGAAGGAAAACAUGCGAAGCGGCUGCCCUGAUGCCUUCCUUGUCUCCUCUGACGAAACUUUCCAGAAUGUAUGGUACUGGAAAAACGAAGCCGACUACUCCAGCCAAGACAACGUAAGGACCGAGAAACCUGCUCUUUUCACCGAACAAUCGGAAACUUGGAGGAGGAAAAAUAGGUGGGAAGGCGAUUUUUGA